AUGGGUGACCAUGUCAAGACCGUCCAUUACAUAGUUUACUAUAACGAUGAGGAAUGUGAUAUGAAAUGCACGUGCGCACUGUUUGAGAUGAGAGGCAUUAUUUGUAAGCGUGUAUUUAAAGUUUGUCAAAUGAAGAAGAUUCAUGUGUUGCUAGAGAGGUACAUCUUGGAUCGGUGGAGGAAAGACUUAAAGAGAAGAUACACACUUGUCAAAAGUAGCUACGAUGAUUUGCGAGAUAAUGCGGAUGCUCGAAGGUAUGAACUUGUGGUUAAAAGAUGUAUGAAAUUAGUGAUGCGUGUAUCUCCAAGUGGCAACCAUGUCAAUGCAUUUAUGCGGAUUUUGGAUGAGUUUGAGCAUAAUUUUAAAGGAUUACCACUUGAGUCUGGUUCUACUAAGGUCAAUGAGAGCGACGUCGUGGAUAAGGAUAAGAAAAUAUUAAGCCCUAACGUUGUUCGAGGGAAAGGGAGACCUCCAACGAAGAGAAAGGUUCCACCUGUAGAGAAGGCUGCAAUCAAGAGAAAGAAGAAACAGGCUUGCAUGAAAAUAUUUGAUGAUGAACAAGUUGGAGUUGGUGAGGUCCUGACCCCCCAAGUUGGUGCUAACGUUGAAGAUGUUGUUGUUGGAACCCAAUAUAGUACUGUCACACAACAAGCACUAUCGGGCAAUGAUGAGAAUUUGUGA